UAGGACCAUGCCUGCCUACAGUCAUCUCAAAAAAUCUUUCUUUUUGGGUAUUCUAUUACUUCUUGCUGCUUUCAGAAAUGGAGGCUUUGGGCGGAGGCCUUGGCGGGCUCUGGGGCUUAAACUCCCCCUUCCGGAAAAGAACUGACACCGGAUCCAAAUCCAAUUCCAAAUCCUCCGAUUCCGUCGAGGCGACUAGCAGAGCCGGUUACCGCUUCCCAUUGAAGCAAGCCGUCACGGCUGGCUCACUCGCUCUCGCCGGCGACACUAUUGCUCAGCUCAGUGAGCGUUGGAGGAAAGGAAAAGCGCUGAACCAGAACACUGUCUCUGAUUCCCAUGGCUUCACAAAGGAUGUAAUGUCGACUCUCCUUUCAGACCACGAUUGGCUCCGUGCCCUGCGGAUGAUUUCCUAUGGAUUUCUUUUCUAUGGCCCUGGUUCUUAUGCAUGGUACCAGUACCUAGACCGUUGUAUGCCAAAGCAAACGGUGGAGAAUGUAAUGCUGAAGGUUCUAUUAAACCAAAUUGUGCUCGGUCCAUCUGUGAUUGCUGUUGUUUUUGCAUGGAACAACUUAUGGCAGGGGAAGUUCUUACAACUGCUGGAAAAGUACCAGAAAGAUGCUCUUCCGACAUUACUUUACGGAUUUAGAUUCUGGAUCCCUGUCAGUGCAUUGAAUUUCUGGGUAUGGGGAGAAGAAAGCUGAAAAAGAAAUUUUGGGUUUUGACCCAGAUCUGGUGACUGGUAAGGGUCAAGAAGUGUGAUAAAUUCAUACUUGAGUUUUCAUGUAAAACGAACAGGUCUUGCCUCUCAAACAUAUUUAUUAGGAAUAACGAGGAUGUAAUUUGGUGUCUCAGUCCUUUUCUUUACCAAGUUAUUUUCACAGUUUCAAGGUUCAACAUGGAGUGAAAAAACUUUUACAGACUAUAUUCCCUACUAGGGGAUACUUGUUGGAUGCUUUUCUGGUUGAUAGAACUCCUGAACUAUACUGCCUUUAACUGGAGAUUGAAACUCAUUUCAAAAUGAGUUCAAACUUAAAACGCACUGAAUUCGAUCAUCAUACAAUUAACCGCUACUUUGGUGAUUUUAACAUCUAACUGAACAUGCCUUGGCCAUUACGCA